AUGGAGGCAGUUCCCCCACUCUCCAAAGCUGAGUAUCUGAAUUACUUGUCUGGGGCACAUGCCGGCCAGGAAGGAGGUUCUGAGUCCCUUCGGAAGAGCUACAAAAAAGGACCGAAGCCGGGAGGCACCGCUGGCAAGGGAUUGCAGAUUGUUGAUGAUGAUGUGGGCUGGGCAGUUAUCUCUACUGCUAAGCCGGAAAAGGAGGAGGAAGAGGAUGGAGAUUUGCCUGUGGUGGCUGAGUUUGUGGAUGAGCGUCCAGAAGAGGUAAAGCAGAUGGAGGCCUUCCGCUCCAGUGCCAAAUGGAAGCUCCUGGGAGACCACAGUGGAGAUGGACAUACCAUCAUGAUGAACCAGAUCCAACUUCUCCUAGGAGGGAGGGCUCAUCUCUCUCCUCCUGAAAGGAAUACCCAUUCCAGAAAGAAGACUGUAUUUCGAGACAAGUCUGAUCGGAAGAGGAAUUUGAAGCUGGAACGCCUGGAGCAGAGGAGAAAAGCAGAGAAGGACUCAGACAGAGAUGAGCUCUAUGCCCAGUGGGGCAAAGGGCUUGCUCAGAGCCGGCAACAGCCGCAGAAUGUAGAGGAUGCCAUGAAGGAGAUGCAGAAGCCUCUGGCCCGCUGUAUCGGUGAUGAAGAUCUGGAUCAGAUGCUGAGAGAACAAGAAAGAGAGGGGGACCCGAUGGCCGACUUCAUUAAGAAGAAUAAGCCUGAGGAGAACAAGCACAAGAAAGCGAGGCCUCGCUGUAAUAGCCCUGCACCUCCUCCCAAUAGAUUCAGUAUCUGGCCUGGCUACCGCUGGAAUGGAGUGGACAGAUCCAAUGGCUUCGAACAGAAGCGCUUUGCCAGGCUCGCCAGCAAGAAGGCUGUGGAGGAGCUUGCCUACAAGUGGAGUGUGAAGGACAUGUAGCUUCUCCGAGGCUGUGCGGUGCUGUGGUGGUGGUGGCCCAGGACAGCCCGACAUCCAGCUCUAAUGCUUGUCUUGCUAGACACAGACCAGCAACUCGCGGUCAGUUCUGCCCUUUGGACUAGGCACCUACCCUU